AUGUUGCGAAACACCUCUCUCCAGCUCGUCUUCGUGCUGCUUAUGUGUCUGUCUGCAGUCUUCGCAACAGAUCGUCCGGCAAUUGAGGCGGGCUCCGUAGUCCCCCGUGAGUCCCAGUCUCUCCACGACUUUCUAGCGGGUAUCAACGUGGAUUCCAUUCACGAGGCCCUGCACACCCUCUCUCGCCGAUUCCGAGACGGUAUUUUCGAGACUGACAUCAGUGCCGCCGAGGCCCUGCAAGACGAGGAUCAGACCAUUGCAAGUCUCGUCCAACUCUUUAAGCGGCAGAGCAAUGCCACUUCUUCAGAGCCCGCCACCACGGCGCCCACGACCUCCAGUGAGCCCAGCUCGACCUCAGCUACCACCACCGAGGAGACGACCUCAGCCACCAACCCCACGACCUCGAGCUCUAGCUCUACUUCUAGCUCUACUUCAAGCUCCAGCUCCAGCUCCAGCUCCAGCUCCAGCUCGGUUCCAUCCACCACAGCAUCUUCUACCACCUCGACUACCUCCAGCCAAAGCUCCUCGAGCACCUCCGCCCCCUCUACGAUGAUGACCACCACCUCUUCCUCUUCGUCGUCUACUUCCUCCAUCACCAGCACUACCGAUCAGCUGAGCACCUCCACCUUCAAGAGUACCACCACUCUCCCCGACGGCAGCGUGAGCACCAUCACUUCCACGACCAUCGUCCACGUCCAUGCAACAGGCUCAUCCGGGUCCUCGACCACCACCGCCGCCGCCCCCGGUCUCCAGACUGGUGCGGCCGCGCUCACCACCGCCGGCCUGACCCGCGAAGUGGCCGCAAUCGUCGGCGGGGCUGUUCUUGUCGCCAUGGCCCUGUAA